AUGACCUUGCUCUACAAUGUGACGUUGGUGUACUACCUGUCGCACUACCUGGUGGACAUCGUGAGCGAGAAGGCCGGCCGCGUGCUCAAGCUCGACAAGAUCGACGAGAGCCACAAUUGGCUCGGCGCCGACAUGCUCGUCUUCGACUCCUGGCACUGGUGGCCGCGCUCCGGCAAGGAUCAACCGCAGGGUACACUAGAUGCAGCAAGACGUGCCUCGGCAUUUUUUCGGGUUGAUGACGUUGUUCACAAGUUAUUCACAGAGCUUGCAUACCGCUACAAUUGGCAAUGCCCCCUCCAGAUCUACAUCUUCUUCCCGAACGAGCCCAAGCCCGGCGUGAAGACGGUCAAGAGCUCGAAGAUGAAGCAGGAGAACGUGUACAAUGGCGUACUCGUCGUGCAGCAGGCGCUGACCGCCUUCUCCCGCAACUUGCUGCUCGGGUUAUCGCAGGAGAAAUUGCAGCUCGAGGUCUUCCAGGAAGGGGAGCUUCUUAUAAACAUUAAGAAUCACGAUCUGGUUCCUGAGCACGUGCUCCUCACAAAGGAGCAAAAGAAGACGUUGUUGGAGAAAUACACUGUGAAAGAAACUCAGGUCAUACAGAUUUGCCAACCCUUUGCCCACUGUAACCGACCUGAUAUUCUAAUCGAUGCAAGCAUGUCAUUAUGUGAAAUGUAUUUCUGUUUCAGCCAUGUAAGUCUUUGAUAAUCAUCUC